CGAAUCCUCAACUCUCCAACCGCUCUUCGCCACUGCCACCAGGAACGAAUUAGGGCUUCGAAGAAUCCAAAAACUGAUACCUUUCGUUUUGAAACCUCCGAUACCAGCUCCGAUGGCAAGCAGUCGCACCACCGUCCGCGUCGUCGUCGCCGGCGACCGCGGCACCGGCAAAUCAAGCUUGAUCGCCGCAGCAGCUUCCGAAAGCUUCCCCGAGUAUAUUCAGCCCCUUCUGCCGCCCACUCGCCUCCCCCCCGACUUCUACCCCGACGGCGUGCCCGUUGUUAUCAUCGACACGUCGUCUAGUUUGGAGAAUAGAGGCAGGCUUGCGGAAGAAUUAAAGCGAGCAGAUGCGGUAGUGCUAACCUACGCAUGUGAUCAGCCUGCAACUCUGGAUCACCUGAGUAAUUUCUGGCUUCACGAACUUCGUCGACUAGAGGUGAAAGUACCUGUAAUUGUGGUUGGUUGCAAGCUAGAUUUGCGAGAUGAGCGCCACGCUCUCAGUCUAGAGCAGGUGAUGGCACCUAUUAUGCGUCAGUUUCGGGAAAUAGAGACCUGUAUCGAAUGUUCUGCAGCUAAUCUGGUUCAGGUCCCUGAAGUAUUCUAUUAUGCGCAAAAGGCUGUUCUUCAUCCGACAGCUCCAUUAUUUGAUCAGGAAACUCAGGCUCUAAAACCCCGAUGUGUGAGAGCAUUGAAACGGAUAUUUAUUCUUUGUGAUCACGAUAUGGAUGGUGCCCUAAAUGAUACAGAGUUGAAUGAGUUUCAGGUUAAAUGUUUCAAUGCUCCACUACAGCCUGCCGAAAUAGUGGGUGUUAAGAGAGUUGUGCAAGAGCAGCUACCGGAUGGGGUUAAUGAGCUUGGGCUUACCUUGACAGGAUUUCUUUUCCUCCAUGCUCUUUUCAUAGAGAAAGGGCGUCUUGAGACGACAUGGACUGUUUUAAGAAAAUUUGGUUAUGAUGAUGAUAUUAAGCUCAGGGGUGAUCUGCUUGCAGUUCCAUCCAAGAAAGCUCCUGAUCAGAGCGUAGAAUUGACAGGUGAAGCUGUGGAGUUUUUGAAGGGUGUCUUCAGUCUGUUCGACAAUGAUAAGGAUGGAGCCUUGCGUCACUCUGAGCUUGAGGAUUUAUUUUCAACUGCUCCAGAAAGUCCUUGGGAUGAAGCUCCUUAUAAAGAUGCUGCGGAGAGGACUUUAUUGGGGGGAAUAUCGCUUAAUUCUUUUCUAUCUCAGUGGGCCUUCAUGACUCUACGGGACCCAGCUCGAAGUCUGGCUAACUUGAUUUAUAUUGGAUAUAGUUGUGAUCCUGCAUCAGCACUCCGUGUUACUAGUAGAAGAUUAGCUGAUCGUAAGAAGCAACAGACAGACAGAAAUGUUUUCCAGUGCUUUGUUUUUGGACCCAAAAAUGCUGGAAAAUCUGCAUUACUCAAGUCAUUUCUUGGAAGGCCUUUCUCGGACAGUUAUACUUCGACAUCUGAGGAUCAUUAUGCAGUAAAUGACGUUGACCAACUUGUGGGAACCAAGAAGACUCUUAUACUGCGGGAGAUUCCAGAAGAUGGAGUUAAAAAACUUCUGUCGAAUAAGGAGUCUUUGGCAGCAUGCGAUGUAGCAGUUUUUGUUUAUGAUAGUUCGGAUGAAUAUUCUUUGAAAAGAACAUCAGAAUUACUCUUGGAAGUGGCUAGGCAAGGAGAAGAAAGUGGUUUCGGGGUGCCUUCUCUAUUAAUUGCUGCCAAGGAUGAUUUGAAUUCGUAUCCAAUGGCAAUUAAAGAUUCGGCAAAGAUUUCUCAGGAUGUACGAAUUGGUGCUCCUAUUCAUCUUAGCGUGAAGGAAAGAGAUUUGAAUAGCAUAUUCAUCAGAAUUGUAAAUGCCGCCACCCACCCUCAUCUAAGUGUUCCUGAAACUGAAAUCGGGAGAACCAAGAAGCAUUACCGUCAGCUUGUCAACCGCUCCCUUGUGUUAGUUUCAGGUAUGCAUCUUGUUCAAUGUUUUAGUGUCUAUAUGCCUGUUGGAAUAUUUGUUUAUCUGUUGUAUUGCAGUUGGGACUGCCGUUGCUGUGGUUGGGUUGGCUGCCUAUCGUGCGUAUGCUGCAAGGAAAAACUCCUCCAAUUAGGCACUUGCUUGUAUUAUCAUCAAGCCAUAAGCUGCUGUUAAAUAAAAGGUUAUUUACCACGCCUUUCUUUUAUUGUCCAUUUUUGGCAUUCUCAAGACAUUUCCGUAUAUAGACUGUAUAUAUUUCAGGAAGUUUUGAUCAUUGUAAUCAUUUACCUCGUGUUUUCCA